AUGAACGUUGAUUUAAAUCAACUUAUCAAAACAAUCAAUGAAAGAGAUAUAAGAAAGGUGUUGAAUCAAUAUAAAGAUAGAAAUGAAUUGAUCAAUGAUCUAUUCGGUGUCUUGAAUUCAAAUUACACUGAUAAACAAAUUUUUGACGAUUGUUUCUUUGUUUUGAAUCAUAUUGAUUCUAAAAUCGAGAAUGAAACAAAUACAAUUUGGAAUGAUUUAUCAUUGACCACAAAGAUCGACAUACAUUCGAAAUCAUUGGAUCUUCUUGCAUUGAAUUGCAAUGAUCUCAACACACUUCUCUUUGAAUUCAUCAAAGAUCUCUAUCGUAAUCAUAAAAAUGAAAUUGAUGAACAACAGAAUAUAUUAAAACCAAUAUGGAAAAGAUUUAGAAAGAAUAAGGAUUUAGACUUUAGACUUUCAUGUUUGAAGUUGAUUGUUUUGAUUCUCAAAGAGGAACCAUCGAAACAACGUAUAGAAGAAUUCCUACCAAUUGCUGCUUGUAUCAUUGAAAUGUUCGAUGAAUAUGUCAAGAGUAAAUCAUUCAACCAAACAAUUUUCAACAAUUUCUUUGAAGAAAGAUUAAAGUUGGCUGAUUCAUCAAGAUUUCAUUGCAUAUUUGAUUGUUUAGUAUUUAAUUAUAUAUCGCAAGCUAUCAAAUACAAUCUCUGGUAUGUUCAAGAUAUCAAAGAGAAAUACUUGAACUGUCUUUUCUCACAAUAUUUAAAGUUGGAUGAUAACGAUGUUCAACAAUGGGAGUCAGAGAAAGGAUAUGAUCUUACUGAUUUAAGCGAACAUUUAAGUUCACUUAUUUCAUCAGGCGAAGAACCUUACCAAAAAUAUAAGGAGUUUAGAGAUCAAGUCAUUCAAUCUGGUGAUUGGAAAAAGUUGGCUGGAUUGAUGGAUUUAUCAUUAUUCUUUUCACCUGAAACUAUCAAAGAGUUAACUUUUAUUGGUACUUUUAAAUCUAUUUCCAAAUACUUUACUCAUCCACAACCAAUUGUAAGAGAUCAAUAUCUAUUGAUGGCUAAUAGUUUAAUCCAUAGUGAAAACCCAACAGAAGAAGAUACCACCGAGAUAUUGUAUACAUUAUUGAACUUGAAAGAGAGUCAUCCAAUUGUUCAGAAAAGAAUAUUUAGCAUUUUGAAAACAUUCAUUAAGCUUGAAAAUUCAGUUGUUAAAGAAAAGUUUGUUACCAUCAUAGAAACAUUUGAGAAGUAUCUAAAUCUUCUCGAGCAGCCAAGACCCAUCGUUUUAGGUGUUAUAGAUUUCAUUAGAAUUAUGGCCGAUUUCCAUUUUGAUAGAAUUUCCACUCGUGCCAAAUCAUAUCUUUCACUCCUCAUGUCAAUCAUUAAAAGCGAUCGAUUCGUUUCAUGUAGUGAAGUACUUGGCCAAGCUCUUUUAGCAAUCAGUAAGCUCAUUCAUAGAUCGAUUUACGAAGUCAGUCUAGAAUCAAAUGAAGAUUCAGAUGAUGAAUCAAUUGAUGAAUCUAUGGACGAAUCAAAUAAUGAUUCAGUUGAUGAAUCAAUUGAUGAAUCUAUGGACGAAUCAAAUGAUGAAGCAAAUGAUAAGUCUAUGGAUGAAUCGUUCGUUCAUGAAUCUCUUGAUGAAGAUUUCAAAAACUCGUUGGAAGCCAUGGAAAUCAUAAAGAAGUAUUUGCCACCUUGCGCCACCAAGGAAUCAAAAUAUUUCACAUGUUCUAUGUAUUUGUUUGCAGUAAUCCUUCAAGAAAAAUUCCAACCAUACUAUGAAUUUUUCAUUGACAACCUUAUCGGUAUUCUCGGAUGCGAGCCAGAUGGGAAUAUUGAAUAUAAUGCACACGAGUAUUUUGAUACCACUAUUAUCUAUAUUAAUUACCUUUCCUCCCAAACACAACCAUCAAUCCAACCUUAUGUUGACCAAUUGAUCACUGCACUCUAUAAGUUCUUCAGCCAUCCUUCUUAUGCAAAUAAAUCAGCUAAAACAAUUUCACGUUUGUUUGAGACAACAGUUGAACACUAUAACGAAACCACAGAUUUCAAUGACAAUGAAGCAUUGAGAAAAGCUCACCAACACAUAGCAACACUGCGCAGUUCCAUUGUUGCCUAUAUCAUAUUAGAUAGUACCUAA